GGGAGCGGAGCGGCCGCUGCCGCCGCCGCCCAGGAGAGGAGCCGGAGCCGCAGCCGCAGCCGCACUCGCACUCGCACUCGCACUGCCGUGGCCGGGCCGGCGGCAGGCAGCCUGUCCUGCAAUGACCCAGAGCACCUGAGGCCCGGCAGCUGUGGGGAUGGAGCUGAAGGUCUGGGUGGAUGGGAUCCAGAGGGUCGUGUGUGGAGUCUCGGAGCAAACCACCUGCCAAGAAGUGGUCAUCGCCCUGGCACGGGCCAUCGGUCAGACGGGCCGCUAUGUGCUGGUGCAGAAGCUGCGGGAGAAGGAGCGGCAGCUGCUGCCGCUGGAGUGUCCCUUGGAGUCGCUGGCCAAGUGUGGGCAGUAUGCCAACGAUGUGCAGUUCAUCCUGCGGCGGACAGGCCCCAGCAUGGCCGAGCGGCCCUCCUCGGAGGGCGCUCCCCAAGCUCCCGAGAGGACGUUCAUCCGGGCCAGCUUGCCCAUCAAGCCCAGGCUCACCAGCAUAGAUGGGCCCCGUUCUAGGGAGCCAAAAAAAUCCAUGACCUUCAGCCUGGGUCCUACAGGCUCCAGUGACCUGUUCACCGUGGGCCGAUGGAGGCACCAAACACGGGAUGGGCUAGAAUUGGAGGGUGGUGGUGUUGUCCAGCCCUCCAAGGAGGAGCUUUUUAGGAGAGUGCUGCAGCAGCAGGAGCAGCUGCAUUCCUUGGAGGCCCAUGGGGACACCCUAGAAAUGGACCUACGGCUCUGGGAGCGCAGCCGGCUUGCUGGCCAGGAGAAUGAGAUCCUCUAUCUGGAGCAAGUGGUGCGGAGGAACGAGACGGAGCUGGGUGAGGAGGAGUUUUGGCAGAGUGAGCUCCGGCUGGAAAAGGAGUGCGAGCGGGAGCGACAGGAGCGGGUUAGGAGCCUGCGGGCCAGCCUGGAGGAGUACACCCAGAGGAUCUAUGAGCUGAGUGUCCGGACUGAAGCCCUGCAGGAGGAGAUCCAAUGGGAGAUGGCUGAGAGGGCCAAGAGGGGGAAGGAGAUCUCUAUGCCCAGCCCCAUAGAGCUGGAGGACAUGGCCACCAAAAUGAAAAGGGACCUGGAAGCCAAGGUCAAGCAAGGCACCCAGCUGGAGAGCAACCUGGCCAGCGUGGAGAAGGCCCUGGAGGAAGCUGAAAAGAACCUGCAGGCCCAGACCCAAGAGCUGGAGGAGUUAAAUAAGGAGCUGAGGCAGUGUAAUUUGCAGCAGUUUAUUCAGCAGACGGGGGCCACGGUGACCGUCCUGCAGGCCAGGUCCGAGGAGGACGCCCAGCCAGAGCCGAGCCCGUGCGAGCUGCCAGCCUACCGGAGAAACGGAGGUUUUUCUCCCACCGCUGGUACAGACUUGCCUCCCCAGGUCAGCACCAAGCAGCUCCUCGGCCAUCCCAGGACCCUGCCGGAGCCCCUGGUGUCCAGCCUGAACCCCGAGGUUGUAUCAACCAGGCAGAGCAUCUGGAGGUAGAAGGGCCCAGGCAGUGGAAAAUCAAUUGCCUUCAAAGUGUAACUGUAUAAAUAAACCAUAUUAUAUAUAUAUAUUUUAUAUUUUUUUUACUGCUUUAUAUUGUGAAUGGAUGUGGAUGGCCAGACAGAAUAUUUUUACAGACUGUAAAGUAAAAGUAGAGACUGAUCUCACAAAGCAACCUGCCUCCCCUGAGGACGAAAACUACUCCCUUCUAUUUUUUUUUUAAGCAGUUUCUCUAUUGAACAGAAAACAGCAGUGCACCCAUUCUGAAUAGCCUCCUGAAAAGAUCCAUCAUGCAUUUGGAAAAGUCAUUGUUCCUUUGACUAGGGGAGCGAAGCUGCAGUGGAGACCCACGUGGAGGCUCACCUGGAUGGAGCAAGUUAACAGAUUUUACAUCAACUCGUCACUGCAAGUGGGGCCAUGACAAACAGCCUCUUCACUGGUGGCAGGGGAGGCCCAAAGCAGUUUUAAGACAAAUUUCUGGCCUGUCUUUUUUUUGUGCAUAUUAUAAGAAACCUGUAGGAGAAACCACUUUCUAUGGUGCCACAGACCAUGCUUCAAGGAAGCACACAGCGGGAGUUGUUUUUCUUAAAUUCAUUUAAUCUUUCAACUUCUUUUUUAAAGUAAAAAAUUGCAGAAUGAGCCCUUCCCUGGUGGUGGUGUGUGAGUGGGGAACAGGACCAAAAUACUCUUGGUGACAUUUCCCUGAUACUUUUUUUUAACUCGAUGGCCAGUAGUUACCAUUCUGUUCAUCUGUCGCAGUGGGUCACCUUGUAUUUUAAUUGCAAAACCAAAGCGGUUUGGGGAGGGGAUGAGUUUGUCUGGGAGAUCCCUGAGCCUGUUUUCAACGUGUCGUAUGCGAAAAAUGUGAC